AAAGGACAGUGAAAUGAUGAUUAUAUAUUGGACAAUCAUUUUGUUUUACCGCAACUUUGGUUGUGCGCUUAAAAAUGAUGUAAUCCAACCAGACCCUUUGAUAGUUACAAAUCUGGGACAAAAUGUAUCUCUCACUUGCUUUUGUCGAUCUAAUUUGAUAGUCAGAGUCUCUUGGUUCAAGCAAACUGUUGGACAGAAGCCUCUUCUCAUGGCAUCAUCAUAUUAUCGCACUCAAAAUACCUUUUAUUUCAACAAUUUUACCAAGGACUUUAAGGAGACUAAACGUUUGAGUGUGAAGAGAGGAGUUGGCAGCUCUAACCUGACCAUCUCCAAGACAGAGUCAGGUGACUCAGCUACAUACUACUGUGGUGCUAUGAAAGCGGGCCAAGUCAAAAUUGGAAAAGGAACUGUUUUAAUUGUCAAAGGUUCAGAGUCCAACAGCAUGUCUGUACUCCAGCAACCUGUGUCUGAGUCAGUCCAGCCAGGAGACUCUGUGACUCUGAACUGUACAAUACACACUGAGACCUGUGCAGGAGAACACAGUAUCUAUUGGUUCAGACAUGGCUCAGGAGAAUUCCGUCCAGGUUUAAUUUACACCCACGGAGACAGUAGUGAACAGUGUAAGGAGAGCCCUGAGGCUGGGUCUCCUACAAAGAGAUUUGUCUAUAAUCUCCCCAAGAGGAACCUCAGCCUCUCUGAUGCUGGGACUUACUAUUGCGCUGUGGCAUCAUUUGGAGAGAUACUGUUUGGGAAUGGUACCAAGGUGGACGUUGACUAUGGUUGUAAGGAGGACCAUCUUCUCUUGGUGUACUGCCUGGGUGUGGCGUUGGCUCUUUGUGUCAUCCUCAUCAUUGUCCUUGGUUGUGUUUUGUAUAAGAUUACAAAGAAAACCUCUCUGUUGUGCAGCGGAAAGCAUCCUCAGUCAGGCAUUCCGACAGUCCCCAGUUGUCAUAACCAGGAUCAAGAACACGAUGACACACUCACAUCGGUCCAUUACGCUGCUCUGAAUGUCAUCCACAAGAAGCAAAAGACCCAGAGACAGAGGAGCACCAUGGAGAGAGACACUGUGUACUCUGGGCUAAGGUGCCAAAACAUGGUUUGAAAUGUCAACUUUUAUUCCGUAAAGACUUGCAUCGCUUUUUCUCUUAUACACUGGCUUUUUAUCAUUAUAAUUGUGUUACAAUUGCUUAUAUUCUGUCAAACUCCUUUUUACAUUACUGUUGUGCA